CGCAGCUCCUCCUCCGCUAGCUCGUUGCCCUUUUUCCUCAUCUUGUUUUCCGGGAGAGCUCCAUCGUCCUCGGUUGCUCCGCCGCUGCAGUAAAAGGAGGCAAAACAGCAUCUUUCAUUAGCGUCACGCCAAACAGCUUCACGUAACUAGCCGUGAUUAGGAAAAACUGCAAUAAUGACUGAUUCAAAGUACUUUACCACAAACAAAAAAGGAGAGAUCUUUGAGCUGAAAGCUGAGCUGAACAAUGAGAAGAAGGAGAAGCGGAAGGAGGCGGUGAAGAAGGUCAUCGCUGCCAUGACCGUGGGCAAGGAUGUGAGUUCCCUUUUCCCAGAUGUGGUGAACUGCAUGCAGACAGACAACCUGGAGCUGAAGAAGCUGGUGUACCUGUACCUAAUGAACUACGCCAAGAGCCAGCCUGACAUGGCCAUCAUGGCCGUCAACAGCUUUGUCAAGGACUGCGAAGACCCGAACCCGCUGAUUCGGGCCCUGGCGGUGCGCACCAUGGGCUGCAUCCGCGUGGACAAGAUCACAGAGUACCUGUGUGAGCCGCUGCGCAAGUGUCUGAAGGACGAGGACCCGUACGUGCGCAAGACGGCCGCCGUGUGCGUGGCCAAGCUGCACGAUAUCAACGCCCAGAUGGUGGAGGACCAGGGCUUCCUGGACUCCCUGAGGGACCUCAUCGCCGACUCCAACCCCAUGGUGGUUGCCAAUGCUGUUGCCGCUCUGUCGGAGAUCAGCGAGUCGCACCCCAACAGCAACCUGCUGGACCUGAACCCCCAGAACAUCAACAAGCUGCUGACGGCCCUGAACGAGUGCACUGAGUGGGGCCAGAUCUUCAUCCUGGACUGCCUCUCCAACUACAACCCCAAAGACGAGCGCGAGGCCCAGAGUAUCUGCGAGCGGGUCACCCCCAGGCUGUCCCACGCCAACUCGGCAGUGGUGCUGUCGGCCGUCAAGGUGCUGAUGAAGUUCCUGGAGCUGCUGCCCAAAGACUCGGACUACUACAACACCCUGCUGAAGAAGCUGUCCCCUCCCCUGGUCACCCUGCUGUCCGGGGAGCCCGAGGUGCAGUACGUGGCCCUGAGGAACAUCAACCUCAUCGUCCAGAAGAGGCCUGAGAUCCUGAAGCAGGAGAUUAAGGUGUUCUUCGUCAAGUACAACGACCCCAUCUACGUCAAGCUGGAGAAACUGGACAUCAUGAUCCGCCUGGCCUCCCAGGCCAACAUCGCCCAGGUCCUGGCCGAGCUGAAGGAGUACGCCACCGAGGUGGACGUGGACUUUGUGCGCAAGGCUGUGAGGGCCAUCGGCCGCUGCGCCAUCAAAGUGGAGCAAUCAGCAGAGCGCUGUGUGAGCACCCUGCUGGACCUUAUCCAGACCAAGGUCAACUACGUGGUGCAGGAGGCCAUAGUGGUCAUACGGGAUAUCUUCCGCAAGUACCCCAACAAGUACGAGAGCAUCAUCGCCACGCUGUGUGAGAACCUGGACUCCCUGGACGAGCCUGACGCGCGGGCGGCCAUGAUCUGGAUCGUGGGCGAAUACGCCGAGAGGAUCGACAACGCCGACGAGCUGCUGGAGAGCUUCCUGGAGGGCUUCCACGACGAGAGCACACAGGUCCAGCUCACCCUGCUGACAGCCAUCGUGAAGCUGUUCCUGAAGAAGCCCUCGGAGACCCAGGAGCUGGUGCAGCAGGUCCUCAGCCUGGCCACACAGGACUCGGACAACCCCGACCUGCGCGACCGCGGCUACAUCUACUGGCGCCUGCUGUCCACCGACCCCGUGACGGCCAAGGAGGUGGUGCUGUCGGAGAAGCCCCUGAUCUCGGAGGAGACGGACCUGAUCGAGCCCACCCUGCUGGACGAGCUCAUCUGCCACAUCGGCUCCCUGGCCUCCGUCUACCACAAGCCCCCCAACGCCUUCGUGGAGGGCAGCCACGGCAUCCACCGCAAGCACCUGCCCAUCCAGCCCGGCAGCAUCGACACAGGAGAGAGCCCCGUUAGCGCGUGCCCCGCCGCCCCCCUGGACCAGCCUCAGGUCAUCCCCUCCCAGGGAGACCUCCUGGGGGACCUGCUCAACCUGGACCUGGGCCCCCCGGUCAAUGUGCCCCAGGUGUCCUCCAUGCAGAUGGGGGCGGUCGACCUGCUGGGCGGUGGGCUGGACAGCCUGCUCGGGGGAGACCUGGGAGGCGGUGUUGGGGGAAGUCCAGCAGUGGGGCAGAACUUCAUCCCAUCCUCGGUGCCCAGCACUUUCGCCCCCUCGCCCACCCCGGCGGCCCUGAGUAGCGGCCUCAACGACCUGUUCGAGCUCUCCAGCGGCAUGGCCAUCACCACCGGGGGCUUCGUGUCCCCUAAAGCCGUGUGGCUGCCGGCUGUCAAGGCCAAAGGGCUGGAGAUCGCCGGAACCUUCUCUCGCAGACAGGGCCACAUGUACAUGGACAUGUCCUUCACCAACAAGGCCCUGCAGCACAUGACCGACUUCGCCAUCCAGUUCAACAAGAACAGUUUUGGGAUGAUCCCGACUACGCCCCUGCCCAUCCACACCCCGCUCAUGCCCAGCCAGAGCAUCGACAUCUCCCUGCCCCUCAACACCAUUGGACCGGUCAUGAAGAUGGACCCCCUCAACAACCUGCAGGUGGCUGUGAAGAACAACAUCGAUGUCUUCUACUUCAGCUGCCUCAUUCCUCUCAGUAUUUUCUUUGUGGAGGAUGGAAAAAUGGAGCGCCAAGUCUUCCUGGCCACUUGGAAGGACAUUCCGAACGAGAACGAGCUUCAGUACCAGAUCAAGGACUGCCACUUAAACGCAGAUACCGUCUCCGGAAAGCUCCAGAACAACAACAUCUACACCAUCGCCAAGCGGAACGUGGAGGGCCAGGACAUGCUCUACCAGUCCCUCAAGCUCACUAACGGCAUCUGGAUCCUGGCAGAGCUACGCAUCCAACCUGGCAACCCCAACUACACGCUCUCCCUGAAGUGCCGCGCUCCAGAGGUGUCCCAGUACGUGUACCACGUCUACGACUCCGUCCUGAAGAACUGAGGACGGACGCCCCCCUCCACCCAAACCUCCACUUUUACUCUUUCUAUUCUCUAAUUUUUUUUAUGUUCAAAUGUCAUCUCCAUUCGCAAAAGGCACUAAUGUCCCCACCCCCACCCCCACCCCCACCCCCCCCAAAACUAAACUGUCGUGUUGCCAAGGCGAGCGAAGUGCGGCUGCUACCACGGGUCUUAGCGGGAGAGCCGCUCUUCAUCCGCAAACCCCCCUCCUCCUCCUCUUCCUCCUCCUCCUCUCGCGACCACCAUUUUGUACUGUACAGCACGUCUUAAGUGUUUUCGUUUUUGUCGUUCUUUAUGGGUAUCAUUGUUUUCGUAAUGGUCCGUAUGCUUUAAGUAGUUCAUUGCCAUGCCUGUUUAACCAUUCCAGGAAAAAGAGCAUUUCCCCCCCCGGUGAUACUGUAGAUUAUCAGAGCGUUCCAUUGGUGAGGCAUUAAUGACCAAUACCACUCUCUCUAUCUUUCUCUCUCUCUCUCCCCCUACCUUUUUCUCUCUCUUUCCCUCUCACAAAUUUUAUGCUUCUUUACUUCAGUGGGUGAGUUUGGCCUGAGCCAGAAUGGUGGCCAGUUAAGAGCCAUAAGCCGACUAAUGCAACCUUGAGAGGGUCAGAUGCUACGACUUUAGCGGCUCAGUUAAGUUAAUCUUUUUUUUUUUGUAACCACUGCGCAUACCACUAUUUAUGGUAGCUAUUCCAAUGUUUACUGAAGCCAUCCUCGCUUUCUGAACGUUUAUGGUUUGUCUGUCCUCCCUUUAAACAGUCGGGCCUUAAGCGCGAGGUCGACGACUCCGCGCACACUCCCGAUAUCUCGACGUUUUCACAGUGCCCUUUCCGUUUGCUCUCCUACACAACCAGCCGUACUUGUACGCUCGAGACCAUACCAACGCCCCUCUCCCUCAGAGUACUCACAGCCUAACCUGUCGUUUUGGCAUUGUCAAACGGCCAUUAAACAGACAGAGGAAACUGCUUAUGCUGCGUUCUCAUGGGUCACUGUAGACGACACAACAGCACUUUUGGGACGGCGCAGGGAAAAGGGCCGGGCGGCGUGGUAGGAAAUGAAAUGUACGUUGCUAUGGCGAUGGUGCUGGUUAAUUGUUUUAUAAUGCAGGUAGUUUCCGACAUGGAUAGGAAAACGACAAUUGCGUUUGGUUGAGCUCGUUAUCUAUGUUGGGGGGGGG